AUGGACUGCCAUGACGCCAUGGACUGCCAUGACGCCAUGGACUGCCAUGACGCCAUGGACUGCCAUGACGCCAUGGACUGCCAUGACGCCAUGGACUGCCAUGACGCCAUGGACUGCCAUGACGCCAUGGACUGCCAUGACGCCAUGGACUGCCAUGACGCCAUGGACUGCCAUGACGCCAUGGACUGCCAUGACGCCAUGGACUGCCAUGACGCCAUGGACUGCCAUGACGCCAUGGACUGCCAUGACGCCAUGGACUGCCAUGACGCCAUGGACUGCCAUGACGCCAUGGACUGCCAUGACGCCAUGGACUGCCAUGACGCCAUGGACUGCCAUGACGCCAUGGACUGCCAUGACGCCAUGGACUGCCAUGACGCCAUGGACUGCCAUGACGCCAUGGACUGCCAUGACGCCAUGGACUGCCAUAGCGCCAUGGACUGCCAUAGCGCCAUGGACUGCCAUAGCGCCAUGGACUGCCAUGGACUGCUGAUGCUCCAGUCGCUGCUGCUCCAGUCGCUGCUGCUGAUGGACCAAUGCCAUGACGCCAUGGACUGCCAUGACGCCAUGGACCAAUGCCAUGACGCCAUGGACCAACGCCAUGACGCCAUGGACCAAUGCCAUGCCGCCAUGGACCAACGCCAUGAGACAAGCUCAUAUCGCCACCAGUCCUGCACGGACAGUUUAAUGCGCAGCGAGUGA